UGAGAGCGAGAUAAGACUGAAACGGAGCAUAGCCCUCAUCACUACGCACCACAGGCUAUGCUAUCUUAGGCUAUACCCUAAAACAGCCUCGGCCAGGCUAUAGUAUAUUUAGCUGUGAUAUCGAAUCCUCCUUUCCACAAUUUCCAUCUUCUGAUACUCUGAGAUCCUUUAAACAUUAUGCAUCACCAACGCGAAGGAUUCGGACGACACGAGGGGCGAGAAGAACGUCUCCAAGAUCGCCGCGAACAAUUCGGGGAGCGUCUCCAUGACCGCCGCGAAGCGCUCGAAGAGCGUCGAUUUGGACAUGGGCGUCACGGAGAACAUUCAGAAGAGCGUAGACAUGAACGAUAUGAAGACCAUCGCCGCGACCCAGAUCAGCAGCAGCAGCAGUAUGCACCCCCGGCUGGAGGGUUCAACAGGGCGGAUUUCGUCUCUGAUGAAGACUUCAAGAGGAUGAUGCAUGGCGGCGGCGGCGGCGGCGGCGCGGGGUUCGAACAACCCCGCAGGGGAGGUAAUGAUAUCGGUCCUGAGGACUUUGGAGAAUGGGAUCGACAGAGACCACCCCAGAAUGCUGGUUACCAAGAAUCAUACCAGCAGCAGUCCGUCCCUCACGAACAGCGCACAUCUGGCUAUGAGAGCGGCGCAUAUGCUCAGCCUUCUCGCAACCAAUACUCUGACCCAGAAUCGUUGGACCCACGUUAUGGAAGUAAUGUGUAUGCACCCCCUGCUGGUCCUCCUGGUGCAUCAUCCAGUUAUGCGCCAGCGGGAGGUUAUGCUCCACCUCCUGGGCCGCCACCUCCAGGUACUAGACCUCAGGCUUCAUAUGGAUACGAUGCUUCUCCUCAAGGAGGAUCGGGCCGAGGUGCUGCGAAUGAUUAUUACAAUGGACCUCCGCCAGGUCAAUCAGCACAGCCAUAUUCGCACACCCCAGAUAACGCAACCGCUUAUAACGACUCCCCUAACGCACCUCGCUACCAGGCUCAACCCUCGGACGGGUUCGACGAUGAGAAUUACAAAUCUCAUUUCUCCGCUCACGCUCAGGCGUAUGGUUCCGACCACGAUGAUAGGCCAAUGGCGAAUGAUGCUAUAGGCGCAGCUGCCGCUAUUGAGGCGCUGAAGCUCACAGCUGCAAAUAACCAGUCGGGUAACAGGCCGCAGCAGGGAGGUAGACCACAGGGUGGAUUCCAUGCCGAUGCGAACGCUCCGCAUGCGACGCCAUCUGCCGGCGGUGCGCAGCAGUCAUCAGACAUGAGUGGGAGACCGAGUGGUGGGAAGCCUCAGGGGCAGCCGCAGAAUGCAGAGUUUGAGCCUGAGUCUGACGACGAGGGCCCGGCUGCUAAAGCACAGGCUCCUGCAGGAGGUGGUGGCAUGCAGGGCAAGAUCGUUGCCCUGGCGAUGGCUCAGGCAGGUAAACUCUUCGACAAGAAGGGUGGGGGAGACAGCCAAGGAAAGACGCAAGCUAUGCAAUCAGCUGCAGCAACUGCAAUGCGCUUAAUGGGAGAGUACAAGUCAACGGGUAAGGUAAACAUGGAGCCAGGGGAGAUGCAGAAGCUUAUGGGGGUUGCGAUGUCGCUGUUCUGAAACGAAAGAGUAACACCGAUGGGCGGCACAGAAUUCGAAAUUGACCUUGCAGUCAUAUAUCUACAAUUCGAAAACAUUUAGUACGGUCUCGAUGUGGUUUUUAAACGUCUGAUUAUACACGACGAGCCUCGUGCUUAAUUUUACACAGUCAUUGGUCUCUUGCUUGGUGCAACGUUCGUCCGAUCACCAUGGUUGCGAGUACAAUUCUGUUGUUGUUCCAGAGCGUAUAUGUCCUGAGGACCGAUAAGCCUGGAUGACUGGUCAUCGUGCUAUUUUGAGACUGCCAGAAAACUGUGCGUCACAUUCAGGGCCUAGGCAUAAACCAAGUGUCUCUUCAAGUGGAGUCUGUUUCAUUGAGCGCACGGAGUCUGGCAGCUGCCUGGUCG